AUGUUCCAGGUGGCUAGGUUAGCAAUCAUCCUGACCCUGAUGGGUGUUGUGGGUAUGGUAUGUGGGUUUGCGUCCAAGCUGGCCUUUGGCACUGUAUCCACACGUCUAGGACACCGCAUCCGGCGGCUGUAUGUGGAGUCUGUGUUAAGGCAGGACAUGGCGUUCUUGUCCAUGCACACCGCCGGAGAGCUAUCCAAUCGGCUGGCACUAGAUAUAAAGCUUAUAGAGGAUGCACUAGGCGACACGCUUCAGCUGCUGUCCAUGCUAGUAGGCCUGUGCGUGUCUGGUAUCGCAGUUGGAUUCGCAUUCUCGUGGCAGUUGGCCAUUGCAACCGUCACCAUGACGCCCAUGAUCGCAAUCUCUGGCGCGUACCUGUCGUAUGCUCUGAAGUCGUCUGCGGAGAGAAGUAGUACCAUCUUCGCCAGAGCCGGUGCCAUUGCCGAGGAAUCCCUGUCUUUGAUUCGCACGGUCACCGCCUUCAACGGACAGCGCUUUGAGCGCGAGCGCUUCAAUGGCAAAUUGCACGAGGCUUAUAGACUGGCCAUAAGUUCGCAUAUCAAGAAUGGACUGUUAGUGGGGCUUGCCAUGUUUAUCAUGCUGGCGUCCAAUGCGUGGUCGUUGUGGUUCGCAUCGCAACUGGUGGGUGCGCGGGAAAUGUCUCCCGGCGUGGGGAUGACGGUGUUCUUUGCCAUUGUCAUGGCCAGUUUAGGCCUAGGUCAGAUGUUCACUCCGGCAUCCAAGAUCUCAAGGGCGUGCGGUGUGGCCUACAAUGUGUACAAGGUAAUCGACCACAUUCCCGCUAUCAAUGCGCUGGACACCACCGGAUCACGCCUGGAGAACGUGUCGGGCUGUAUCGAAUUUAGGGGCGUCACCUUUACGUACCCACCCACCUAUGACGCACGCGCCGAUGAGAAAGCUGAGGAGCAAGACUCGCUCGAUCUGCGCACGUCGACGUCGUAUAUAGGAAAAAGACGGAAAGACAACGCUGCCGUGCUACGCAAUUUCAAUCUCACAAUCGAUGCCGGUACCAAAGUGGCCAUUGUGGGGGGUUCGGGAUCAGGGAAAAGUACUACCAUCCGUCUUAUACAACGGCUUUACGAUCCAGAGGCUGGUUCUAUCUCUCUGGACGGCGUUAACCUAAAGCAGCUGAACGUACAGUGGCUGAGAGGUGCCAUAGGCCUCGUCAGUCAAGAGCCUCGGCUGUUUUCGGGUACCAUCGCUGAGAACAUCGCCUUGGGGUCAGGUGUCGAGCUGAACGAUGAAUUUGAAGCGGAUCUAGUAAUGGACUCGUAUCUCAACCGACUGUACAAUGCGGAGUCUGUGUCAAUGGAACAGAUAGUCAACGCGGCGACGUUGGCAAACGCGCACGAUUUUAUUAUGCAGUUGCCCGAUGGCUACGAUACUCUGAUUGGACAUAGUGGACAGCUUUCAGGCGGUCAGAAGCAACGGAUUGCCAUUGCACGGGCAAUCGUGCGCGAUCCGAAGAUUGUGCUGCUCGACGAAGCGACAUCCGCUUUAGACGUGGCAUCAGAAGUGCUUGUACAGAAGGCUCUGCAACAAGCCACAGCCGGGCGCACAACUAUAAUGGUGGCCCAUCGGUUGACCACUAUCAGGGAUGCGGAUGUCAUAUUCGUUGUUGCCGACGGUCACAUUGUGGAACGCGGUUCUCACGACGAGUUACGAUACAAAAAGAAUGGCUACUAUGCAAAAUACUUCGACACACCCGAUUCUAGCACAACCACUGAACAAGGGCACCAGGGUAGUGAUCACAGCCAAACACUCGCAACUCGUCUCGAUUCCGGGAGCGAGGCGGACAGCGAUUGCAGCGAGAUGCGACGCUUGAACGGCAGCCCUGACGGCUACGGCUUAGACAGUAUGGAUGACAACACAGCUACGCAACUCACCCAGCACGAUAUCGCCAGCGAGAAAUCGUUCCCGCACUCUGCUGCCACACAAAGCGACAGCCUUGAAGAUAACGGAGAGGUGGCCGAUAGGGAAGUUCUUAAAGCGAAUGGAGUCACCAGACGUGUCUACCGAUUGAACAGACCAGAAUGGCCUCUGUUCAUACUUGGAGGGUGCGGUGCUAUACUGGUGGGCCUUGUGUGGCCCUGUUAUGCGUGGUUCUUUGGUGAAUUGAUUUUCCUGCUGAUGAACAACGACCAGGGCGAGGUGGAUACAAUGGUGAUCAAGUUCAUAGUGCUCGCUGCAGUUGCCUUUGUGGGUAAUGUGAUCAACACCGUCUGUUUUGGCUAUGCUAACGAGCGCUUGGUCAGGCGCGUCCGCCGCAUGCUGUUCUCGGCAUAUAUGCGCCAAGACGUCGCCUGGUUUGAUAUCGAAGACCAUCUCCCCAGCUCUCUGGAAUCCAAGCUUGCCUCUGAUGCACUUGCCGUAACUGGUGUUACUGGCAGUUAUCUCUCAACGCAAAUCACACUCCUCGCAGCUUUGUGUGGAGCCCUAGUGGUCGGCUUCGUAUCCUGCUGGCAGUUGGCGUUCCUUCUCUUCACUAUCGUGCCUAUGGUGGGUUUAGGUGUUCUCAUUGGGCUCAGAAUCACCGGAAAGGCUCAGCACUUUGCCUACAUGCAGCUAGCCGAGGGUAACGAACGCGCCGUAGAAGCCAUCGACGAGGCUAGAACAAUCCUAGGCCUUGGUUCCGCCCCGGUGUACAAGUUCUUGGACGACUACAGGACAGCGCUGGGGAAGCCGGGAAAGGCACUCGAACGUGCUCUGGUAUACAAUUCCUUUGCUUUCGGGUUCUCGCAGCUGGUUGUGUUGAGUGUGUGGGGGGGGGCCUUCUACUACGGUAUGGAGCUGAUAAAGGGAGCUCAUUGCGAUAUCAUCGGAAUGAUCAGGACUGUCUGUGCGGUCAUCUUUGGCGGUCUCGGACUCGGGCAAGUACUAGCAGUGAUCCCUAACCCCAAGGCAGCACAAAUAGCCGCAACCUGGAUUUUCAAUAUUGUGGACCGUGUGCCUUUGGGCGCUGAAGUACCAUCCAAGAAGGAGAAAAAGGGCAAAUACUUCGAAAAUACAAGAGUACGACCCAGCCGAGCCAACAAACCACUCCAAGGCGAAGUCGAAUUCAGGGAUGUUCAGUUUGCGUAUCCAUCCAGACCGCAGGCUCAGGUGCUCAAGAGGCUGAGUUUAAAAAUCAUGCCCGGAGAGGUGGUGGGUAUAGUAGGAGAAAGUGGGUCAGGCAAAUCAACCCUUGUUUCUCUGCUGGAACGAUUCUAUACGGCACAGGAUGGUGAUGUGCUAUUGGAUGGUCAGCCAAUUAGUGAGUACGAUGUGAGCUGGUUGAGGACACAGAUCGGACUGGUUUCUCAAGAACCCCACUUGUUCAGCUCUACUGUUCGCGAGAAUUUAUUAUAUGGCCAUCCAGCUGUCGACACAAUUUCUGAGGACCACUUGAUGGAUUGCCUCAAAGAAGCGAACGCUAUGGAGUUCGUCAGCCAACUACCACUUGGUGUCGAUACAUUGGUGGGCGAGAAGGGUGGUAGCAUGUCCGGCGGUAUGAAGCAGCGGCUGGCUAUUGCGCGAAUGUUGCUUAGAAACCCAUCCAUCAUUCUGCUGGAUGAAGCAACCAGUGCACUGGACAACACAUCCGAGCGGCUCGUCCAGACAGCGUUGGAUAGAGUAAUGAGUGGCCGCACCACCAUUAUUGUGGCACACAAACUCGCGACUCUGGCUAAAGCCGAUAAGAUAGUGGUUGUGGUUAAGGGAGAAGUGAAGGAAAUGGGCACGCAUCAAGAACUGGAGCAAGCGGGUGGACUCUUUACGGCAAUGUUAAAACAACAACGAGAUGCCACGGAAUAAUUGAACUUGUUUACUGAAACAAACAUGGGUGAUAGUUUCGACGAAAAUAAUGCAACAUAACGCAACACCCUUAUGAAUAUGUAAAUUGAUAAACAAGUUAUAAACAAAUCAAUCUUCUCUUUGUUGUUCAACUGAUUCUCAACGAUUUCACUAGCAAUUAUUAAAUUG